GCUCCAAUUCAGCAAUUGGCAGACAAGAUAGCUGGUUACUUUGUACCAUCUGUGGUGGCAGUGGCUGUUUUCACGCUGUUGUCGUGGGUUAUUGUUGGGUAUAACAGUGUAGAAAUCAUCAGAAAAUUUCACAAAAAAGAUCACACACAAAUGACAGAUUCUGAAAUUAUCUUCCAGUUUGCUUUCCAGUGUGCUCUUACAGUGUUAUCUAUAGCUUGCCCAUGCUCUCUAGGCCUGGCCACACCCACGGCAGUGAUGGUGGGAACUGGAGUGGGUGCUCUAAAUGGUAUUCUUAUCAAAGGUGCUGAGCCACUAGAAGUGUUGCACAAGGUGAAAAGUGUAGUUUUUGACAAAACUGGGACAAUCACUAAUGGUGUGCCUGUGAUGACACGUAUUUGUAUAUUUGUGGAAGAAAAAGUAUGCCCUUUACCAAAAUUGCUUGCUUUGGUUGGUACAGCUGAGACAAACAGCGAACACCCUAUAGCUGUGGCAAUAACUAAAUUUGUGAAAGAU